AACGUAACAACAAAUUCGAGUCACUGACCCAUUUCUCUCUUUCUCUCUCUUUCUUUCCCUCUCUGUGCUUAUCCAAGACCUAACUGAUUCCUUGAUUUGCUCAAACCCUAAAUCUUCUCUUUUAUUUCUCUCGACAUUGCUUCCUUAAUCAUUCCUUUUCUCUACUUCUCUCUCAUCGCAUUUUUUCUAGGCAAUGGCGUUGUACGAUCGGACGAUUCUCGUCACCGGUGGUGCCGGAUUCAUCGGCACUCACACUGUGGUACAGCUGCUGAGUGAGGGAUUCACGGUUUGGAUUAUCGACAACCUUGAUAAUUCUGUUCUGGAGGCUAUUGAGAGGGUCCGGGACUUGGUCGGUGCUGAGCUCUCUCGGAAACUCCAUUUCAAUCUGGGUGAUCUUAGGAAUAAGGCGGAUUUGGAGAAGCUUUUUUCUCAAACCAAAUUUGAUGCUGUGAUCCAUUUUGCGGGCCUUAAAGCUGUAGGAGAGAGUGUAGUGAAUCCUCGCCGCUAUUUUGAUAACAAUUUGAUUGGCACAAUUAAUCUCUAUGAGAUCAUGGCGAAAUAUAACUGUAAAAAGAUGGUUUUCUCAUCAUCUGCAACUGUUUAUGGUCAACCUGACAAAAUUCCAUGUGUCGAGGAUUUCAACUUAAUGGCCAUGAAUCCAUAUGGCCGUACUAAGCUUUUCCUUGAAGAAAUUGCUCGUGACAUUCAAAAGGCAGAACCUGAUUGGAAAAUUAUUUUACUGAGGUACUUUAAUCCUGUUGGGGCUCAUGAAAGUGGUAAACUUGGUGAAGAUCCAAAGGGUAUCCCAAAUAAUCUCAUGCCCUACAUACAACAAGUGGCUGUUGGCAGAUUGCCUGAGCUUAAUGUUUAUGGUCAUGACUAUCCCACAAGGGAUGGUAGUGCGAUACGAGACUACAUCCAUGUUAUGGACCUAGCAGACGGUCAUAUUGCCGCUCUCCGGAAGCUUUUCACAUCAGAGGAUAUAGGCUGCACUGCAUACAACUUGGGGACUGGGCAAGGUACAUCAGUACUUGAAAUGGUUGCUGCAUUUGAGAAAGCAUCUGGCAAGAAAAUCCCUAUCAAACUAUGUCCAAGGCGAGCAGGGGAUGCAACUGCUGUUUACGCUUCUACGGAGAAAGCUGCAAAAGAGCUUGGUUGGAAGGCAAAGUAUGGUAUAGCGGAGAUGUGCAGGGAUCAAUGGAAGUGGGCUAGUAAUAACCCAUGGGGGUAUCAUUCCAAGCCUUGAAGAGGAAAUUUAUGUGGAAACACCAUGUAAUACUUAGCACCCCCACCCAGAUCACACUGGGGCCAGAAAAAAUCCAUUGGACUUCAUCAAACAUUUAUGAACUGAUAAAUUGGAUCCUUCUUUGAGUUUAGGGCUUAAGCUAAUGAAUUACCUCCUUUAUCCUACAAAUGAAAUAAGGUAGAUAUACAUGUUUGGAUCACUUUAUUCCAUUGCUAUUUGGGCAAUAAAUGGCCCUUCCUGAUGACAAACUUGUAUCUUUAGAAUGAAUUAUUGAAUUGAACAUUGAUCUAUGUUCCAAAA